AUGUCUGAGGUAUCAUAUGGUAUGCAAUGUAAAGACGCCUUCAGUUAUUUAGAAGAUUCGCUCAAACAGUUGGAGUUAAGGGAAAAUAAGUUGAGAAGUUUCCCCAUUGCUAUACAAGUGUUGUCUCAUUUGGAAAGUUUGGACUUAUUUGGCAAUGAGAUUAAGACAGUUCCCGAUGACCUCACCUUCUAUUUGCAAUCAAGUCUUAAGCGACUCAAGAGAUUAACUUUAAAUUAUAUCAACUGCACGUGUGAUUUCGGGAAAACCGAUUUCGCGACUUGGAUUCGCUCGCACGCCAUCAAAGGGGUCACCUGUAAGACACCGCACAGACUCUUCGGGAAAGACAUAUCCGUCACACCAAUCGAAGAGUUCUCCAAAGCCAUCGCAUAUAUAAGUAAAGACGCCUUCAGUUAUUUAGAAGAUUCGCUCAAACAGUUGGAGUUAAGGGAAAAUAAGUUGAGAAGUUUCCCCAUUGCUAUACAAGUGUUGUCUCAUUUGGAAAGUUUGGAUUUAUUUGGCAAUGAGAUUAAGACAGUUCCCGAUGACCUCACCUUCUAUUUGCAAUCAAGUCUUAAGCGACUCAAGAGAUUAACUUUAAAUUAUAUCAACUGCACGUGUGAUUUCGGGAAAACCGAUUUCGCGACUUGGAUUCGGUCGCACGCCAUCAAAGGGGUCACCUGUAAGACACCGCACAGACUCUUCGGGAAAGACAUAUCUGUCACACCAAUCGAAGAGUUCUGUGAAUAUGUUUCUAAUUCCGGACAUAAAUAA